AUGAUCUCAUCAGCAGGGUUCCCGGCUCGCCUCUCCAAGAGGGUCGUCCCCGCAUUCCGCAGCCACAGACAAUUCAGCGUCUCACGCUCAACAUCAAAGGAGAUCCAGGAUGUCUAUAUUCUGGGCGCCUCUCGCACGCCAACUACAAAAUUCAAUGGAUCCUUCGCCUCGAUCUCUGCUCCCAAGUUAGGUGCCGUCGCCAUCAAAUCUGCCCUUAGCAAGUCCAAGGUACCCAUCGAAAAAAUCACCGACGUUUAUAUGGGUAAUGUGCUGCAGGGAUCCGUUGGCCAGGCACCUUCCCGGCAGGCGUCAAUGUUUGCUGGUCUCCCCUCCACUGUUGAAUCCUUGACUAUCAACAAGGUGUGUGCAUCUGGUCUGAAGGCAGUCGUUCUAGCCGCCCAGAAUAUCCAACUAGGUCUCGCGGAGGCGCAAGUGGCAGGUGGUAUGGAAAACAUGACUCGAGUUCCAUACUACAUGCCCCGUUCUAGUCAGCUGCCUCCUUUUGGCGAGAUCAAACUGGAGGAUGGCCUGAUCAAGGAUGGUCUUUGGGAUGUAUAUAAUCAGUUCCAUAUGGGAAUAUGUGCGGAACAAACAGCAAAAAAGUUCGAGAUUUCACGGGAAGAGCAAGACCAGUAUGCGAUUCGCUCCUACGAGCGGGCCCAGGAAGCCUGGAAGCAGAACAAGUUUGCCGACGAGAUUGCCCCUGUCACUGUGCCAGGCAAGAAAGGUGAAACAAUCAUUGAACGGGAUGAGGGAUACGAAAAUCCGCGCCUUAGCAAUCUCACCAGCCUGAAGCCUGCUUUCUUGCGGGACGGUACCGGCACUGUCACUGCUGGCAAUGCCUCCACUAUGAACGAUGGUGCAUCUGCUCUUGUCCUUGGAAACAGGGAGUUGGCUCGGGAGUUUGGCCAUGGAUCCCGUGUGUUAGCUCGUAUUGUAUCCUCGGCAGAUGCCGCGAUUGAUCCAGUGGACUUCCCAGUGGCCCCUGCUAAGGCAGUACCAAUCGCUCUAGAGCGUGCAGGUAUCACCCAGGAUCAGGUGGCAGUGUGGGAGUUUAACGAGGCUUUUGCGGCAGUAGUCAAAGCUAAUGAAAAGAUUCUCGGUCUGCAGGACGCAAAAGUCAAUAUGCUGGGUGGUGCAAUCUCUCUUGGUCACGCACUGGGUAGCUCUGGAUCGCGUAUUCUUGUAACUUUACUGCAUCAACUGCAGCCUGGUGAGUACGGAGUGGCUGCCAUCUGCAAUGGAGGCGGUGCCGCAACUGCCAUGGUCAUACAGAAGCUGGAUCGAGUGGACUAG